UACGCAACACAUAGCAUUUGUCGGCAGUGACAGAAGAGAAGCAGAGUUGCUUGGAAUUUCAUCGGAGAAUUUGAAGAUGGCGUCGGGUGUUACCAACAACGAGGAGGACAAGAAGCCAACCGAUCAGGGCGCACACAUCAACCUCAAGGUCAAAGGCCAGGAUGGGAAUGAGGUUUUCUUCCGGAUCAAGAGAAGCACUCAGCUGAAAAAGCUUAUGAAUGCUUAUUGUGACCGACAGUCAGUGGAUUUCAACUCAAUUGCUUUUCUGUUUGAUGGGCGUCGCCUUCGAGCAGAGCAGACUCCAGAUGAGUUGGAAAUGGAGGAUGGGGAUGAAAUAGAUGCCAUGCUUCAUCAGACAGGAGGUGCUGUUGUCUGAAGAAUUUGAUCAUCCUUUCUCCCUCAGUAUAAGUAGAAUUAGCUAUACUUUAGUGCUAGCCUAAUGCAUGAGAUACUUCUUCUAUUAUCUACUAUUAGACAGUCUUUGCCGCUCGACUUUGUUGGCGUAAUGCGUGCUUUGUCCAUAUGACUGAAUGGAUUCUCAUUUCUACAUGUGGAAGCUGAUCUUUUGUGGUAGCUUCCCCCAUAAUAGUAUGAUCUAUCUUAACUAUGAA